UCGGACUGUAGUUAGCGACCGAGAACAUAUAGGCAGGCUAACAGAGGAGAUGCAUAAGCAGAAAGUACUUCUUAGAGAGAUGUCAGACGAACUACGCCGCCUCAAGUCGCUCCUCGACGAAAUGACAGAAACUGCGGAGCACAGGAUGUUCACCGUGUUCUGGUUGUUGCUUGACUACAUGAAAGAUAUAGACGUUACUCGUCUGAGGGAGGACAUGUCAGCCAGACUUCAGACAAUUGCUGAAACGAAGAACACCACGUUCGACGAGUUUCAGGCAUGGCUGGAUAUUGAAAGGGAAAGGCGCACCGCAGUCUUGAAGCGGUUCUCCGCCCACGUCACGAAGACAACAAACGGGAAGUCAGACGGAGGGGAUGUCAUGUGUCUUGCCAGCUGCGGAAAGUGUGUGCUGAAGGAGGGAUGGGCAUCGUACAAUAGCCAAGAUUACAACACAGGUUCGCUACCUACGACGGCACACAGCGUCGUUGACCUCUUAGCCUUCGCCGAGGACUGCAUUCGCCACUGUACGAAAACAUACGGUCUGAGUGAAGUGGGUGUCGGGUCUGUUAAUGACGAGCUUCCUGCAAAAAUCGCGUCUCUGCUGAGCAGUUGCGAAGACGUAAUGGAUGCCCUGCAACACACUCGAGGCAAGUUGUUGGCUGCAGAACUGACGGUGACAUGUAUGGAAGGAGAUGUUAUGGGAUGGAGAGAAGGUGAAACGAAGAAGGGAAGAGAAGAAGCUGACAGACCAAUCGGAGUGUGUUCGGGAAAUGGGGCCACUCUUGGGAAGGAUGCGCCUGUGCCACACGUCCUGUUGGCGUGCAGUGAUGUUGCCGCACUGAAAUCUCACCACGUGCCGAUGCGUGAUGCCAUGGGGAAUGUAUGGACCACGUGUUAUAUAAACGGCAGCUUCUCAUCUAGGCACCUGAAUAGGGAGGUGACUGAAGAGGAGAAGAUGGCGAUGGCUUGUCCCACCCCUGCUGCUCAUUGUUUUUCGCCGCCUCAUCGGAACCCUGUGGAGCUCGAGGUGGCAGAGGGGAAAGUGUUCGCGGGUGACUAUGGAUACACAUACACGCAUGCCAGAGGGGAGGACGCUACUGCUGAUGGAAUAACCACGCUGGUAUGGGACCCAUUCAACCUGAACCCUGAUGUUCUGACUGCCAUAGACAUUGCGGCCCAUGUCAUCCCUGAGGGGCAGUUGCAGCAGCAUGUGGCCCCUCAGAAGUAUGGAUAUCGUGUCAAUUGGGUCCUAGGAUGUCUGCAGCCGGCAAUAGUUGAUGGCAAGGUGACCAUGGCAGCGAAACUGCAGACAGGCCAUUGGCUGCCCUUGGGGUGGAUGCAUGCAGGCAUGGUGGAGCAGUGGCAGUUCCUGGUGGUAGUGGCACACCAGGGGAUGUGGUCCAUGGUUGAGGGAAGUCCUGGUGGGCAAGGGCAGGGCGAUGGCGAGAACAGGUACAUGGCUCACAUCCGCCGCAGGCAUGGUUGCUCCGCCCUUGUUGGUUGGGUCCCGGCCGUAUGUCGCAUGACAUACGAGCAAGGUGGAGAGAUGAUGAUGAGGUUCAGGGACCCGCUUGGUGUGCCGUUUCUGCUGACGUACUCGGAUGGCCUCCUGCGAGACAUUCGGUAUAUGGUGGCCGAGGACACCCGAGGUGGGCAUCGAAGGCCGGGACAGACGGAGGGGACGCGCCCGGGACAUCAGGACGGUUUGUCUGCUGAGGUGGAGGGCCCAUGUGGCGGUGAGCGAGUUGCAGGGUGCUCUGCAGCGCAGGGUGACGUGGCCCGGCCCAGCAAGACAGCGAUGUCCCACAGCCCGAGGAAGGUGAAGGCGGUUGUGUCGAGGCCGUGGAGGGGGAAGACGGCUGGUGACAAGCAAAAGAACAACCCCCAGCCUGUGCCACAGACCGGUAACAAUGCAGAUGCACCUGCACGGGUCCACAGACGCCGCAGACAUCCCGGGAUGGCAGCUUUGACAGAGAUCAGGAAGCUGCAACGAUCCACCGACCUUUGUAUCCCUUUCAGACCCUUCUUGCGCGUCGUCCGCGAGGUGGUGGAAAAGGACAUUACCCCUAAUAAGGGCCUAAGGUUCCAGAUGACGGUUGUGCGUGCUUUGAUGGAGGCUGCGGAGGCUUACCUGGUCGCCAACUUCGAGAGCACAAACGAAGUGGCGAUCCACUCGAAGAGGGUGACCAUCCAGUCGAAAGAGCAUCGCAGAAGCGGCGCCGGCCCCUCUGCGAAAACGGAGCACAAGCGCAGCCGCAAAUCCGGAUCGAAAGUUACAGUCCCUUCGAGUGCACGGGAGAUUUCAACGCUGAAAGAACGUAACGAGUCGCCCCCCUCGACCCCCGUCCGGGGAAAGCGUGGAAGCGGCGCUGAGAACCAUCCGCCAAGGGCCCUGGAAAAAAGAUCGCGGGAUGAUAGAAGCGCGACUACGCACCGCAAAACAAAGAAGAGAAUAUCCUACAAAGACGACAGAACAGUGGAGACAAUCGAUAUUAGAGGGUCUGACGACAGGCACAGCGGACCCCAAGUGGAAGAAGAGGAGGAACACGACCUUUCCGCGCCAGAGAAGUCAGAUGGUGCGGAGGAUGAGGAGCCAGGAAACAAGGGAAACGACAGCGAUUCUUCCCGCAGACAAUCGCAAGACACCGAUGAGGACGACGACAGCGACGGCAAGUCAGCCAGCGAGAGAACCGACGAAGACCAGAGCGCCGCUUCGAAAAGAGGUGGUUCGCCAUUUCCUUCGAGGACAUUGCGCAGAGAAGGAGAACGGCAGGCACGCAAUGGCAGCGACACCGAGGAGCGUGUCGGUGACAGACAAAUCGUACAGCACGUCAGCGCCGCCGAAAAAGAGGACGCGUUUUUCGAGGUGGUGCAAGCGACGGCGAAACUGGCAGGGGAGACAGCAGAGGAAGGGCUGCGGUCUCACAUAGUAGAGUGCGUGAUUCGAGCUGUCAUAGGGGAAUGCAACAGAAUGAUGACGACGAUCCGCGGAGAGAUUACAUGGCAGCUGAAACAUUGGUUUUGGGCUGAAAAAAGGAUUCCGCUCGUCGGAUCGCAGCAAACGGACCACCACCUCCCCGCUCGCAACAAGAUGCGCACCGAGAUGAAGGAGAACAAGAUGUGGAGACGGAGCGGCGACGAUAUGUGGGGCGCCCCCGCCUUAAGGACGACACUCUUAAAAGUUUUUCAGAUGAGGAAGGAAGGCCGGAACCUGGGCGUCACCCUGCAGCAACUGACUUUUGCGGAGAUGGUCAUUCAAUGUGAGAUAGAACAGACAACGAAGACGACACGAGCUGCGGAGCAGAUAGAAGAUUGAGUAUCUAUAAAGCAGGCAAUCGU